GUGCUCCCUCCUCCUUUCCUGUCUCUCGAUCGCAACUCCAUUUCUUCGGAGAGAGAGAGAGUAAAAAGAAAAUAAAAUAGAAGUCAGGGUGCUUUCUGCAAAUAUCCGCAUUAUCAGAUUUCGUUCGAGUUUCUUCUCCCCAUAUCUCCACAAUUCGGAUCCGUAACAAACCUCCCGUCGGUUUUGAAUCCGGAGCGAUUGCUUCGGAUUCAUCCCUGCGCGAUCUUUACAACGAUCCGAUCUAGAUCUUUUGUUAAUGCAUGAUUUCGGCGAAUUCCAUUUUCGUGGAUGAAUUUCCGGUAAAUGAAGGGUCUUUGAAUUCUUCCGUGUAUUGCUGCCGCUGAGGGAUUGUUUAUCAGCUGUCAGAAACUUGGAAUUUGAGAAAUUUAAUGGCUAUGAUUGAUGAGCCACUGUAUCCAAUUGCAAUUUUAAUAGAUGAACUGAAGAAUGAAGACAUUCAGCUGCGGUUGAACUCCAUCCGCAGGCUUUCGACCAUUGCACGGGCUCUUGGUGAGGAGAGAACCAGAAAAGAAUUGAUUCCUUUUCUUAGUGAAAACAAUGACGAUGAUGACGAGGUACUUCUUGCAAUGGCUGAAGAAUUGGGUGUAUUUAUUCCAUAUGUUGGGGGUGUGGAACAUGCCCAUGUUCUGCUUCCUCCGUUGGAAACUCUAUGCACUGUAGAGGAAACUUGUGUAAGGGACAAAGCUGUGGAAUCGUUGUGUAGAAUUGGGGCUCAGAUGAAGGAAAGUGAUUUAGUAGACUGGUUUAUCCCUCUGGUCAAGAGACUAGCAGCUGGUGAAUGGUUUACUGCUCGAGUUUCCUCUUGUGGACUGUUUCAUAUUGCUUACCCAAGUGCACCAGAGCUGUUGAAGGCAGAACUACGUUCUAUUUACAGUCAGUUGUGUCAAGAUGAUAUGCCAAUGGUGAGAAGAUCUGCUGCAUCAAACUUAGGAAAGUUUGCUGCUACGGUCGAACCUAACCAUUUGAAGACUGAUAUCAUGUCGAUAUUUGAGGAUCUGACACAAGAUGAUCAAGAUUCUGUGCGAUUGUUGGCUGUUGAGGGUUGUGCAGCACUUGGGAAACUGUUGGAACCGCAGGACUGUGUAGCACACAUCCUUCCUGUCAUAGUCAACUUCUCUCAGGAUAAGUCUUGGCGUGUACGCUACAUGGUUGCAAAUCAAUUGUACGAGCUAUGUGAAGCUGUUGGCCCUGAGCCCACCAGGGCUGACUUGGUGCCUGCAUAUGUACGUCUACUUCGAGAUAACGAGGCCGAAGUACGUAUAGCUGCUGCAGGAAAAGUGACAAAAUUUUGCCGGAUCUUGAAUCCACAACUUGCAAUUCAACACAUUCUUCCCUGUGUGAAGGAAUUGUCAUCAGAUUCUUCGCAGCAUGUUCGCUCUGCUUUAGCUUCAGUGAUAAUGGGAAUGGCACCUGUCUUAGGAAAGGAUGCAACGAUUGAACAACUUCUUCCCAUUUUUCUUUCCCUUCUUAAAGAUGAAUUCCCUGAUGUCCGGCUCAAUAUCAUUAGCAAGCUUGAUCAAGUGAAUCAGGUAAUUGGCAUCGAUUUAUUGUCCCAAUCAUUGUUACCAGCCAUUGUUGAACUUGCAGAAGAUAGACAUUGGAGGGUUCGGCUAGCGAUAAUCGAGUACAUUCCUCUAUUGGCAAGUCAGUUGGGUGUGGGAUUUUUUGAUGAUAAGCUUGGUGCUCUUUGCAUGCAGUGGUUGGAGGAUAAGGUUUACUCAAUUCGUGAUGCAGCUGCUAAUAACUUGAAGCGUCUUGCGGAGGAAUUUGGCCCGGAUUGGGCAAUGCAGCAUAUAGUUCCGCAGGUGUUGAGCAUGAUUAGCAACCCGCACUAUUUGUAUCGGAUGACCAUUCUACAUGCAAUUUCUCUCCUUGCCCCAGUCAUGGGCUCAGAAAUCACAUGCCAGAAGCUAUUGCCCGUGGUCAUCACUGCUUCAAAGGAUAGGGUGCCCAAUAUCAAGUUCAAUGUUGCAAAGGUGUUGCAGUCCCUCAUUCCCAUACUUGACCAAUCUGUGGUGGAGCAGACAAUCCGUCCCUGCUUGGUUGAGCUUAGCGAGGAUCCAGACGUGGACGUGAGGUUUUUUGCUAACCAAGCCCUUCAGUCAAGUGAUCAGGUCAUGAUGUCCAGCUAGAGACACUGUUCUUUUUUAUUUUAUUUUAUUUUUUUCUUGUACUUUUUGACAGAAGUUUUGAUCUGCUGCUAGGUUCUGUAGCUAUAUAUAUGUUUUGACUUGGAACUGUAACCUGUGGACUAGAACUUCUCUGGACUGAUUGUCCUGACCUCGCAUCGUUUUUAUCCCAAUCUGCUUCCCUGGUUUCUGUUGACGAUACCCUAUCUGAUUCAUAAAUGCAAAGUUCAUGAACUCUCAGAUUCA